AUGAUUGCAAGUAAGUGGGCCCUCUUGGUUCUCUGUGUUGCCGCAAAAGCGGAAGUACUUGCAGACACAAAAGAUAACACAAUUGCUCCACCUUCAGCACCCAAAAAUUCUGUGGUGCCUCAAAAAGGUAUGACCCUUGGUAAUGGAACCUUGGCAGACGAGCGCCGGCUCAAUCUCACAGGUAAAACCGUUAGAAAAGCCGGUAUUGGUCGUCUUAUUCGAUUCAAUCGUGAUGGCGAUAGCGACUCCGAUUCUGACGAAGACUCUGAUUCUGACGAAGACGAUAGCGACGAUGAUUCUGAUGACGAUGACGACGAUGUCGGGCGCCUCGAAAGAAUACGUUUUCUUUCAAUGAAUGGCAGCAACGCCACAAUACCCGAGGUCGCUGGUGACUAUUCGGCAAUUAAAACUGCGACGACAACGAUUUCGCUGUCGGAAAAGCCCGAAACAACCCGUACUACUAAAAGCACAGCUACAAAGAGCGAAACAUCUAGUGAAACAGCGCCAGCCGCUUCCACUUCCAUUUCGCCUCCCAAAAUUGCUCCUGUGGAAGAGUCUCCUGCUGCCAGGAUUUCUGUCGCCGUAUGGUUUGCCGUAAGUAGUUUGGCUUUGUAUGCUGUUUUGGGUUAG